UACAAUUGCUCGUGUAUGAGUGGAUAUAAUGUAACAGACCCAAAUCUCCCUAUUAACAGCAGUAACCAGUGCAGAGAUAUUUAUGAAUGUCUUGACCCACCAUCAGUGUGUGGGCCAAAUGCUUACUGUUACAAUUACAAUGGAAGCUACUCGUGUUCUUGUUUGGAAGGAUAUAACAUCAUAGAUAUAAAUGGAGCUGUUAGUAACAGUAACCCAUGCAUCGAUGUGGAUGAAUGUCUGGUCAGUCCAUCUGUUUGUGGUCCAUAUUCCAACUGCACAAAUAUAAUGGGAGGUUACAAUUGCUCAUGUUUGUUUGGUUUCACUGAAACAAACUCAAGUCUCCCAAUCAGCAUCAAUAACACAUGUAGAGAUGUGGAUGAAUGUGUUGAGAUACCAGAUAUCUGUGGUCCAAACUCAAUCUGCAACAACACUAUUGGGAAUUACAAUUGCUCGUGUAUGAGUGGAUAUAAUGUAACAGACCCAAAUCUCCCUAUUAACAGCAGUAACCAGUGCAGAGAUAUUUAUGAAUGUCUUGACCCACCAUCAGUGUGUGGGCCAAAUGCUUACUGUUACAAUUACAAUGGAAGCUACUCGUGCUCUUGUUUGGAAGGAUAUAACAUCAUAGAUAUGAAUGAAGCUGUUAGUAACAGUAACCCAUGCAUCGAUGUGAAUGAAUGUCUGGUCAGUCCAUCUGUUUGUGGUCCAUAUUCCAACUGCACAAAUAUAAUGGGAGGUUACAAUUGCUCAUGUUUGUUUGGUUUCACUGAAACAAACUCAAGUGUCCCAAUCAGCAUCAAUAACACAUGUAGAGAUGUGGAUGAAUGUGUUGAGAUACCAGAUAUCUGUGGUCCAAACUCAAUCUGCAACAACACUAUUGGGAAUUACAAUUGCUCGUGUAUGAGUGGAUAUAAUGUAACAGACCCAAAUCUCCCUAUUAACAGCAGUAACCAGUGCAGAGAUAUUUAUGAAUGUCUUGACCCACCAUCAGUGUGUGGGCCAAAUGCUUACUGUUACAAUUACAAUGGAAGCUACUCGUGUUCUUGUUUGGAAGGAUAUAACAUCAUAGAUAUAAAUGGAGCUGUUAGUAACAGUAACCCAUGCAUCGAUGUGGAUGAAUGUCUGGUCAGUCCAUCUGUUUGUGGUCCAUAUUCCAACUGCACAAAUAUAAUGGGAGGUUACAAUUGCUCAUGUUUGUUUGGUUUCACUGAAACAAACUCAAGUGUCCCAAUCAGCAUCAAUAACACAUGUAGAGAUGUGGAUGAAUGUGUUGAGAUACCAGAUGUCUGUGGUAAAAACUCAAUCUGCAACAACACUAUUGGGAAUUACAAUUGCUCGUGUAUGAGUGGAUAUAAUGUAACAGACCCAAAUCUCCCUAUUAACAGCAGUAACCAGUGCAGAGAUAUUUAUGAAUGUCUUGACCCACCAUCCGUGUGUGGGCCAAAUGCUUACUGUUACAAUUACAAUGGAAGCUACUCGUGCUCUUGUUGGGAAGGAUAUAACAUCAUAAAUGUGAAUCAAGCUGUUAGUAACAGUAACCCAUGCAUCGAUGUGAAUGAAUGUCUGGUCAGUCCAUCUAUUUGUGGUCCAUAUUCCAACUGCACAAAUAUAAUGGGUGGUUACAAUUGCUCAUGUUUGUUUGGUUUCACUGAAACAAACUCAAGUGUCCCAAUCAGCAUCAAUAACACAUGUAGAGAUGUGGAUGAAUGUGCUGAGAUACCAGAUGUCUGUGGUAAAAACUCAAUCUGCAACAACACUAUUGGGAAUUACAAUUGCUCGUGUAUGAGUGGAUAUAAUGUAACAGACCCAAAUCUCCCUAUUAACAGCAGUAACCAGUGUAGAGAUAUUUAUGAAUGUCUUGACCCACCAUCAGUGUGUGGGCCAAACACUUACUGUUACAAUUACAACGGAAGCUACUCGUGCUCUUGUUGGGAAGGAUAUAACAUCAUAAAUGUGAAUCAAGCUGUUAGUAACAGUAACCCAUGCAUCGAUGUGAAUGAAUGUCUGGUCAGUCCAUCUAUUUGUGGUCCAUAUUCCAACUGCACAAAUAUAAUGGGAGGUUACAAUUGCUCAUGUUUGUUUGGUUUCACUGAAACAAACUCAAGUGUCCCAAUCAGCAUCAAUAACACAUGUAGAGAUGUGGAUGAAUGUGUUGAGAUACCAGAUGUCUGUGGUAAAAACUCAAUCUGCAACAACACUAUUGGGAAUUACAAUUGCUCGUGUAUGAGUGGAUAUAAUGUAACAGACCCAAAUCUCCCUAUUAACAGCAGUAACCAGUGCAGAGAUAUUUAUGAAUGUCUUGACCCACCAUCCGUGUGUGGGCCAAAUGCUUACUGUUACAAUUACAAUGGAAGCUACUCGUGCUCUUGUUGGGAAGGAUAUAACAUCAUAGAUGUGAAUCAAGCUGUUAGUAACAGUAACCCAUGCAUCGAUGUGAAUGAAUGUCUGGUCAGUCCAUCUAUUUGUGGUCCAUAUUCCAACUGCACAAAUAUAAUGGGAGGUUACAAUUGCUCAUGUUUGUUUGGUUUCACUGAAACAAACUCAAGUGUCCCAAUCAGCAUCAAUAACACAUGUAGAGAUGUGGAUGAAUGUGUUGAGAUACAAGAUAUCUGUGGUCCAAACUCAAUCUGCAACAACACUUUUGGGAAUUACAAUUGCUCGUGUAUGAGUGGAUAUAAUGUAACAGACCCAAAUCUCCCUAUUAACAGCAGUAACCAAUGCAGAGAUAUUUAUGAAUGUCUUGACCCACCAUCAGUGUGUGGGCCAAACACUUACUGUUACAAUUACAACGGAAGCUACUCGUGCUCUUGUUGGGAAGGAUAUAACAUCAUAAAUGUGAAUCAAGCUGUUAGUAACAGUAACCCAUGCAUCGAUGUGAAUGAAUGUCUGGUCAGUCCAUCUAUUUGUGGUCCAUAUUCCAACUGCACAAAUAUAAUGGGUGGUUACAAUUGCUCAUGUUUGUUUGGUUUCACUGAAACAAACUCAAGUGUCCCAAUCAGCAUCAAUAACACAUGUAGAGAUGUGGAUGAAUGUGCUGAGAUACCAGAUGUCUGUGGUAAAAACUCAAUCUGCAACAACACUAUUGGGAAUUACAAUUGCUCGUGUAUGAGUGGAUAUAAUGUAACAGACCCAAAUCUCCCUAUUAACAGCAGUAACCAGUGUAGAGAUAUUUAUGAAUGUCUUGACCCACCAUCAGUGUGUGGGCCAAACACUUACUGUUACAAUUACAACGGAAGCUACUCGUGCUCUUGUUGGGAAGGAUAUAACAUCAUAAAUGUGAAUCAAGCUGUUAGUAACAGUAACCCAUGCAUCGAUGUGAAUGAAUGUCUGGUCAGUCCAUCUAUUUGUGGUCCAUAUUCCAACUGCACAAAUAUAAUGGGAGGUUACAAUUGCUCAUGUUUGUUUGGUUUCACUGAAACAAACUCAAGUGUCCCAAUCAGCAUCAAUAACACAUGUAGAGAUGUGGAUGAAUGUGUUGAGAUACCAGAUGUCUGUGGUAAAAACUCAAUCUGCAACAACACUAUUGGGAAUUACAAUUGCUCGUGUAUGAGUGGAUAUAAUGUAACAGACCCAAAUCUCCCUAUUAACAGCAGUAACCAGUGCAGAGAUAUUUAUGAAUGUCUUGACCCACCAUCCGUGUGUGGGCCAAACGCUUACUGUUACAAUUACAAUGGAAGCUACUCGUGCUCUUGUUGGGAAGGAUAUAACAUCAUAGAUGUGAAUCAAGCUGUUAGUAACAGUAACCCAUGCAUCGAUGUGGAUGAAUGUCUGGUCAGUCCAUCUAUUUGUGGUCCAUAUUCCAACUGCACAAAUAUAAUGGGUGGUUACAAUUGCUCAUGUUUGUUUGGUUUCACUGAAACAAACUCAAGUGUCCCAAUCAGCAUCAAUAACACAUGUAGAGAUGUGGAUGAAUGUGCUGAGAUACCAGAUGUCUGUGGUAAAAACUCAAUCUGCAACAACACUAUUGGGAAUUACAAUUGCUCGUGUAUGAGUGGAUAUAAUGUAACAGACCCAAAUCUCCCUAUUAACAGCAGUAACCAGUGUAGAGAUAUUUAUGAAUGUCUUGACCCACCAUCAGUGUGUGGGCCAAACACUUACUGUUACAAUUACAAUGGAAGCUACUCGUGCUCUUGUUGGGAAGGAUAUAACGUCAUAGAUGUGAAUCAAGCUGUUAGUAACAGUAACCCUUGUAUCGAUGUGGAUGAAUGUCUGGUCAGUCCAUCUGUUUGUGGUCCAUAUUCCAACUGCACAAAUAUAAUGGGAGGUUACAAUUGCUCAUGUUUGUUUGGUUUCACUGAAACAAACUCAAGUGUCCCAAUCAGCAUCAAUAACACAUGUAGAGAUGUGGAUGAAUGUGUUGAGACACCAAACAUCUGUGGUCCAAACUCAAUCUGCAGCAACACUAUUGGGAAUUACAAUUGCUUGUGUAUGAGUGGAUAUAAUGUAACAGACCCAUAUCUCCCUAUUAACAGCAUUAACCAAUGCAGAGUAUUACUAUCAACAACUACCCUAACAACAACAACACCAACUACAACUACCACAACAUCCACAACAAAACCUACUACAACUACUAAAAAACCAACUACAACUUUACCAACAACAACUACAGCAGCACUUACAACAACUACAGCAGUAACAAAAGUCAUUACUAUGUCAAUGAGACUAAAUGAAGAUUUUGAUACCAGUUUCACCAACCCUUCUGACCAAAAGUACAAAAAGUAUGCAAAACUAAUUGAAUCAGCAGUUGACACAAGUUACUUACUUACUGUGCCUACCUACAUUAAAGGUUCAGCAAAAGUCACUAGAUUCAGGGCUGGAAGCAUUAUUGCAGAGUUCACAAUUAGUUCAACAACCAACACCCCUGAUUUAGGAAAAGCAAACACACAGGUUUCCGACAUUCUCAAGGAUGCAGGAAUCACAUUAACUUCGGAUCCUUUUGCUCAAAGUGAACAGACAACCCUGGUCCCCACCACUGGGAAAAUAUAUCCUCUACAAAGAGUGGAGUUGAACUGUACACCUCCAGAGUCUUUUCAGGGAGAAGUAAAAUGGACAGUGAAUGACAAAGAUCUUGCACUAGACAGCAAAAAAUACACCAUAACAAAUGACCGUAAAACUCUCAUUGUGAAUUCUGCCAGUCAAAGUGACAGUGGUAGAUACUCAUGCAUCACACAAAAGAAUUCAAUACCUUACAUUCAGUGGCAAAACAUUGCUAUUGAACAACUCCCAACUAUUAAUUUGGGGGAAAAUGAACGCAUUUUUCCAUGUGAAAAUUUGCCUGUGCAACUGAGAUGCUGUAUUGAUGUAGACUACAAUAUUGAGUGGGUCCUGGAUGGCACAGUGCAAACUUCAAGAACAGGAGAUAAAAAGUCAGGCUGUAUCACAUUAGACCACAAAAUCCAGAUGGAAGAUUGUAUUGAAAAAACAUUUACCUGCCGUCUCAAGGACCUGCCACAACUAAGUGUCUACAGUUAUAGCAACAGGAGUGUCACAGUUAAGAUGAGCAAACAAAAAUUUGUCUGCAAAAAUGAAUCGCUUGGAAUUGGAGAACAAGGUGCAACUGUGAAGGGACCUUGUGGAAUCGGAAAUGAUGGCAGCAUAACUUAUGAAUGUCAGCCGUCAGGUAUUUGGACACCGAUUCAGGAGAACUGUGUACCUCAAAUUAUCAAAGACCUUGAAAAGAAAGCUAAGUUAUUGGUUGUGGACGAUAUUCCAGUGUUUGUGGCUAAUCUCAGUGAUGCCACACAGCAGAGUAUUAACGAGAUAACACAGUCUACAGUGACUGUCCAAACAAUCGUAGACAUGCUCUCCAAAAUUGCUGAUGUUUCACAAACCAUUACCAUUAAUCAGCCUGUGAUGGAGAAUUUUCUAAAAACAGUGGGUGUCCUUAUAUCAAAUGAAGCCAAAGGUACAUGGCAAACUUUGACCAGUGGCAGCACGCCACAAAACACCAGCAUUGAACUUCUGAGAGCUAUUGAGAUUAUAAGUGACCGUCUCUCAGUUGCCAAUUUUUCAAUUACUGAAAAAUCCAUUCAGCUGAAUAGAACUACAAUUAAAGGUUCAUUCAGUGAAUCAUCUCAACUACCAAACUCAACAACCCUUAUUGAGAUACCAGAGGUUUCUGAACCGACCCCAAUAACAAUUAUAUUCUUCACAAACCUUGACAACGUCCUGCCUACUCGAAAUACUACUAAUAAUGACAGCACAAAAUCAGAUGUCAACCGCAUCAAUGGAGAUGUGGUUGUGAUUAAGGUUAACCAAACAAUUAACAACAUUUCUUUUACUUUUGACAUUACAAAUGAGACUUUGGGAAAUCCUCAGUGUGUCUUUUGGAGCUUCAGUCUCAAUAAAUGGGAUUCCACUGGAUGUAAAUCAAAGCUCUUUAAGAAUAAAACUGUUACAUGUGAAUGUAACCACACAACAUCUUUUUCAAUCCUGAUGUCACCGUUUGCCAUUAAAAAUGAUGCCUUGGCCUAUAUAACUUACAUUGGUGUAGCUAUUUCAAUGGCCAGCUUGAUAUUGUGUCUCAUAAUUGAGAUCAUUGUAUGGAAGUCAACAACAAGAAAUGACACCUCCUAUAUGCGGCAUGUCUCCAUAGUCAACAUCGCUGUGUCUCUGCUGAUUGCAGACAUCUGUUUUAUCAUUGGAGCUGCAGUUGCAGAACAAGAGCAGCCUACCUCAGUGGGUCGCUGCAGUCCAGCAGUUUUUUUCAUGCACUUUUUUUAUCUGGCUCUUUUCUUUUGGAUGUUAAUGUCAGCACUUUUGCUCUUUUACCGCACUGUCAUGGUCCUGUCCCAAAUGUCAAGGGCCAACAUGAUGGCCAUCGCCUUCAUAGUUGGUUAUGGUGCACCUUUGCUCAUAGCAGUCAUUACUGUUGCAUCGACAGCUGGACCUCAAAAAUAUAUUACAAAGACAAAUGCAUGCUGGCUGAACUGGAAUGAGUCUAAGGCCCUGCUGGCAUUUGUGAUUCCAGCUUUGACAAUUGUGGCCAUCAACCUUCUGGUUUUAAUUGUGGUUCUGUAUAAGAUGUUGAGGAGAGGAGUUGGUGCCGCAACUCAACCAGAUGAGAAACAUGCUUUAGUGGUCAUUGCCAGAUGUGUAGCCAUUCUGACUCCUAUCUUUGGUCUAACAUGGGGAUUUGGCAUUGGAACCAUGGUGUCAACUGCCUUAGGCAUUCAUGUGGUGUUCGCAAUCCUAAAUUCACUGCAGGGAUUCUUCAUUUUGGUGUUUGGAACACUUUUAGACAGCAAGAUUCGUGAGUCACUGGCAGGAAAGCUGUCACUGAGGAACCUUAGCUCUAACCGCACCAGGAGCACUACUGCAGGACCAUCAUCAAGUGGACUGGGUUUCUUUAAUAGAAUAAGGAGGAGACAUGUGUACAACAUAUCUGAUGCCAGCGCUUCCUCAUCAGCAGCUACAUCAUCAAACAACUACAGUGCCUCAGAUACUUUUAUGAGUGCUUAAUCAACUUUAUUAACUACUUAUAAAAUUCUUUCCCAAAAGUGUUUCCUCCAGUGCAAAUAUAUGUAAACUGCACUUUUUGUCACUGAUUUCUUAUAAUUCUGAAAGAAAUGGGGUCAUCUGUCUGCUGAUUUUAUGUUUUAUUGAUACAUUUUAUAAUAAUGCCAUACCAUCAUUUAUAACAGAAAAAUCAGUGAUAUGGGUCUAGAGUAGUUGCACAGCUUUGUUGAAAUUCACUUUUCUAUUAGCUGUUUUAAAUAGAUACGGCUUUGCUGUCCAGUUGGUCAUUAAAUCUAUUCUGUUGCACUAAUCUAUGGUGUCUAGAUUAUAUAUAUAUAUAUAUAAUAAAAACUAAAAUCACAAUAAAUUUUGACAUAUUACUA